AUGAAAGCCUAUCUGAACACACUUGGUUAUGAUGUUUGGCAAUCCGUGGUAGAUGGAUACACACCUCCAUCAACUCCUCCGACCGAUGCAGCAGGAAAGAGGAAAAGUGAGAAUAAUGCCAAAGCAGAACAUGCUCUCCUAUGCAGCCUGGCUUAUUCUGAAUUUACAAAAGUCAUGCAUUGCAAAUCAGCAAAAGAGAUAUGGAACAAACUGAAAAAUAUCUAUGAAGGGGAUGAAAAGGUAAGAGAGGCCAAGCUUCAAUCACUUAGAAUGAAAUUUGAAAGCCUUAAAAUGAAGGAAGAUGAAGAUAUCGCCACCUACUUUUUGUGUGUGAAUGAAAUCGUAAAUGCAAUCACAACAUUAGGAGAAGAAGUUGAAGACACACCUCUUGUUCGAAAGUUGUUGAGAACUUUGACAAUAAAAUUUGAUCCUAAGAUAUCAGCAAUAGAAGAAAUGAAGGAUUUGAAAACAUUAACAAAAGAUGAAUUGUUUGGAAUCCUCACAGCCUAUGAAAUGAGGAGAGAAGACAAACCAUCACAAAAGGAGGUAUCUUUCAAAGCAUCAAAGAAGGGAAAGAACAAAAAUCAUACACCAAAAGAGAGUACAAGCAGUGAAUCAGAUGAGGUUGAAGCUUACUUCAUGAGAAAGUUCAAAAAGGGCAAAGGCAAAUUCCCUUUCAAAUGUUUCAAUUGUGGCAAGGUUGGGCAUUAUGCUUCAAAGUGUCCUCAAAAUGAAAGUGAUAGUAGUGAAGAGGAGAAGAAAAGCUAUUCAAAGAAGAAAGGAAAGAAAUACUUCAAGAAGAACUACUCAAAACAUAAGAAAAGCUUCUACUCUAAGCAAAGUUCCAGUUCAUCGGAGGAAAGUUCUGAAGAUAUGUCCAGCGGUGAUGGAGAAGAGAUUAUUUUAUGGCAAUGA